AUGGCGGAGACACUGUGCGUGCUGAGAGACUCGAUCCAGCUUGUGCAGAAAGAAUCAUUUCCGGAAAAAAGAAUUGGUUUUUUGGUUUUUUUUUGUACAGUUGGAGAUGACGAACCCUUCGUCCGCUACAAAAACGUACUGUACGACAGAAGAAGAGGCGUGGCACAUACCCGGACUCCUGUUGUGAAAUUUCGUGGCAAGAGCGAGACUCCUGUUGUGCAAAAUUCCAAUUUUUUCCCCCACCGGACGAAGAAGAGGCUGCCGAGUGCCGACGACGCGGACGUCACAAUGGAACAAGCAACGGACAGCAGAUCCGGAUCCGGCCUUGUCGCCGACACCGUUGCCGGCCGCGACUGGUCGCGCUUGCUGGAGGACCUGGUGGUAAGCGUCCUUGGAGCGCUGCACGUCGCCGACGCCAUCCGCUCGGGCGCCGUCUGCGCAUCCUGGCACGCGGCAUACGUCGCGUUCCGUCGGCUCCGCCUCCCGUCGCCGAGGCAGCCCCCCUGCCUGCUCUACGCUUCCGACGCCGUCGACCCCGGCGCCGCCGCGCUCCACUGCCCGUCCACCGGCGCCACGCUGCGGAUCCCCUUCCCUCUGGCCCCGCUACCCCGCCGGCCCCUGCUGGGCUCCGGCCACGGCUGGCUGGUCACCGCCGACGAGGCCUCCGACCUGCACCUCCUCAACCCCGUCACCGGCGACCACGUCGCGCUGCCGCCCAUCACCGCGCUCCACCACGUCGAGCGCGGCGCGGACGAGCAGGGCGACCCGGCAUACCUCGUCUACGAGAAUCUUGUGGAGUACAGGUACAGCACGCGACGGUUCGAGCUGGACGCGGAGCCGACCAUCCUGGAGAUGGACCGGGCGCACGAGUUCAUGUACUACCGCGUCGUGCUCUCGGCCAGCCCGUCCGCCGGCCGUGCCUGCGUCGUGCUGCUCCUGCACAUGCCUAAUGGCGAGGUCUCCUUUGCCAGGCUCGGCGACGACCGGUGGACUUGGGUCGCACCCGUCAACGACGACGACGAUGACGACGACGACACGGGUCUCCCGUCGAGGUUCGGCUACCGCGACGCCAUGUACAGUGCCGCCGACGGCUUGUUCUACCUGCUCCGAUUAGACGCCUUCAUGUGCAGCUUGGACCUCAACGGGCCUUCGCCGGUGGCACGUAAGGUCCUCGACUACUUGCCGAAGUCUGUCAACCCGACCAAAUACCUCGUUCAGACGCCGGCCGGCGACAUCCUGCAAGUUUGGAGGACCAAGGACUACAUGGACUCGUCGACGCCGGUGCACUUUCCACCAGACUAUGUGGACGACGGCGAAAGGGGCAUGGACCCGUGUCUGGAGCUCAACACCAUUGAGAUGCAGCUGUACAAGGUUGACCUGCGCCGACAGAGAGCGGAGCUGAUCAAGAGCCUGCCAGAGUAUGCAUUGUUUCUUGGCUUCAAUGGCUCUUUGUGUCUACCGGUAAAGGAUUUCCCUGGGUUAAAGCCGAACUGUGCUUACAUGACCGACGACUCAGUAGAGUAUGUGAAUUUCUGGAAGCUUAACCGGCGAGAAAUUUGUAUUUGGAGUAUGGCAGAGCAAGACCCGGCGACAGACAAGGGAUGCGAAUCCGGCUCCGGCUCGGGGCGUAUCGCCGGCACCGGCCGUGACUGGUCGCGCUUGCCGGAGGACCUGCUCGUCAGCGUCCUGCGAGAGCUUCACGUCCGCGACGCCAUCCGCUCCGGCGCCGUCUGCACCUCCUGGAACACGGCGUACGCCGCGUUCCGGCGGCUGCGCCUCCCGUCGCCGAGGCAGCCCCCCUGCCUGCUCUACGCUUCCGACGCCCUCGGCCCCGGCGCCGCCGCGCUCCACUGCCCGUCCACCGGCGCCACGCUGCAGAUCCCCUUCCCUCUGUCCCCACUCGCCCGCUGGUCCCUGCUGGGCUCCGGCCACGGCUGGCUGGUCACCGCCGACGAGGCCUCCAACCUGCACCUCCUCAACCCCGUCACCGGCGACCACGUCGCGCUGCCGCCCAUCACCGCGCUCCACCACGUCGAGAGGGGCACGGACGAGCAGGGCGACCCAGCAUACCUCGUCUACGAGAAUUUUCGUGUGUCCAAUUCCAGCAACCGCCGGUUCGAGGUGGACACGGAGCCGACCAUCCUGGAGGUGGACCGGGCUUACGAGUUCAUGUACUACCGCGUCGUGCUCUCGGCCAGCCCGUCCGCCGGCCGUGCCUGCGUCGUGCUGCUCCUGCACAUGCCUAAUGGCGAGGUCUCCUUCGCCAGGCUCGGCGACGACCGGUGGACUUGGGUCGCACCCGUCGACGACGACGACAAGGAUCUCCCGUCCAUGUUCGGCUACCGUGACGCCAUGUACAGUGCCGUCAAUGGCUUGUUUUACCUGCUCCGGUUACAUGCCUCCAUGCACAGCUUGGACGUUAAUGGUCCUUCGCCGGUGACACGUAUGGUCCUCAACUGCUUGCCGAAGUCAGCCAACCAGACCAAAUACCUAGUCGAGACGCCGGCCGGUGACAUCCUGCAAGUUUGGAGGACCAAGGACUACAUGGACUCGUCGACGCCAGUGCACUUUCCACCAGACUAUGUGGACGACGGCGAAAGGGGCAUGGACCCGUGUCUGGAGCUCAACACCAUUGGGAUGCAGCUGUACAAGGUUGACCUGCAUCGACACAGAAGGCGGAGCUGA